AUGUUAUCGCCGUCAUUUCGUCACCGGGCAUGUUGCUGCUGGACAGGCAUUCUCAUUCUCACGACGGGAGGUUCCGCUGCCGUAUAUGGCCGUUUUACCGCCGGUUAUUCUUCAUCGUCGUAUUCUCCACGACAGCUAUUGGGCCGGGCGACGCCGGUUGAAAGAGAUGGGACUCAGAAUUCUCACAGAUUCAUGGCCGGAACUCGGAAGAAUAUGGAGAGUUCUCCUGCGCUUCUGUUAGUGCUAAUAACUUUGGCCAUCAUUCAUAUUGUUAGAGCUCAAGACCAACAAGGGUUCAUCAGUUUGGAUUGUGGGCUACCCGCGGGUGAACUGUCUCCAUAUAAAGAGGAGGUAACUGGAUUACAGUUCUCUUCGGACGCGACAUUCAUCCAGACUGGAAAAGUUGGUAGAAUUCAGGCAUAUAAGGCGGCUAACUUGCAGAGGCCGUACAUGACGCUGAGAUAUUUUCUAGAUGGAAUAAGGAACUGCUACAGUCUGAAUGUGGACAAGGGGCGUAAAUAUUUGAUCAGAGCUUCCUUUGUAUAUGGAAACUAUGAUGGUCUUGGCAUUGGCCCUGUGUUCGAUCUUUAUCUUGGACCUAAUCAAUGGGCCACGAUAGAUUUGGAAACACUAGUGAAUGGUACACGGGAAGAUAUCUUACACAUCCCAACAUCAAACUCGUUGCAGAUUUGUCUUGUCAAGACUCGUGAAACUACACCGCUAAUAUCCGCUUUGGAAUUACGGCCGAUGCGAGAAAUGAUUCUUAUAUCACUAAAUCUGGCUCUCUGUCACUUUACUACUGGCGUUAUCUUAGCGAGUCAAGAUCUCAGAUACGGUAAAGUCUACUUUAAUUCGAACAAUGUUUCUUAUUAUGCUCUGUACACAGAAGAACCCUAUGAUCGUAUAUGGAUUUCGUACUUUCAGACGAAUUGGACCCACAUUUCCACCACUCUUGAAGUGAACAACUCCAACAAGUAUGUUCCACCGAAAGCUGCGCUAAGAAAUGCUGCCAUGCCUAGUAAUGCCACUGCGCCAUUGUCGAUCCAGUGGACUGCAACAAACCCUGAUAACCAGUAUUACUUGUACGCACACUUUGCUGAGAUCCAAGACUUGGAGCCAAAUGAAAUCAGGGAAUUCCACAUGGUAUGGAACGGCAAAGUUAUCUCUGACCCUGUAAUUCCCCCAAAGUUAAAGAUAACUACUAUUGAAAGCUUGUCACCGAGAACUUGCGAUGAAGGGAAGUGUAGUUUUCAGCUGACAAGAACCAACAGAUCAACUCUGCCUCCUCUACUCAACGCUUAUGAGGUCUACACAUCUAUUGAGUUUCCACAGUCUGAAACAGAUGCAAGCGACGUGGUUGCUAUGAAGAACAUCACAGCCACCUAUGGAUUGAGUAGAAUCAAUUGGCAAGGCGAUCCAUGCUUUCCUCAACAGCUUAGGUGGGACUCUUUAAACUGCAGCAACACGGAGAUGUCCUUGCCACCAAGAAUUGUUUCAUUAAACUUGUCUUCAAGUCGUUUAGCUGGAACCAUAGCAGCUGCCAUUCAAAAUCUUACGCUACUAGAAAGACUGGACUUGUCCAAUAAUAACUUGACUGGAGGAGUGCCGGAGUUUCUAAGCAACAUGAAAUCGUUGUCGCUCAUAAACUUAAGCGGGAACGAUCUUAAUGGUUCAAUACCUCAAUCUCUGCAGAGGAAAGGACUCGAGCUACUUGUUGAAGGAAACCGAAAGCUUUGUGUCUCUCAUUCAUGUAGAAAACCAAAUAAGACGAAAACUCUUGUGCCAAUAGUUGCAUCAGUUGCUUCUGCAGCCAUUGUCAUUGCUGUAUUUGUUCUUUUUCUUGUACUCCGAAAGAAGAAAUCAACAGCUAUUGAAGGUCUACGCCUGCCACCAAGGACUUCAAUGGUGAAUGUUACACCUGAACCUUCAUUUGAUCAGAAAAGCAGAAAAUUCACAUACUCAGAGGUUAUCGAAAUGACAAGUAACUUCCAAAGAGUUCUAGGUAAAGGAGGGUUUGGCUUCGGGUAUCAAGGUACUGUAAAUGGUUUGGGAGUGGCCGUUAAAGUACUCUCUCAACUUUCAACUCAAGGUUAUAAACAAUUCAAAGCAGAGGUUGAUCUUCUUCUUAGAGUUCACCAUACAAAUUUGGUGAGCCUCGUUGGGUAUUGCUAUGAAGGUGAUCACUUAGCCCUCGUCUACGAGUUUCUGCCUAACGGAAACUUAAAACAACAUUUGGCAGGAGAAGGAGGUAGAUCCGUCAUCAACUGGGGUAGUCGACUGCGCAUAGCCUUGGAGGCCGCACUAGGAUUGGAGUAUUUACAUAUUGGAUGCACACCGCCAAUGGUUCAUAGAGAUGUCAAAACUGCAAACAUAUUGCUUGACGAACAUUUCAAGGCCAAGCUCGGCGAUUUCGGGCUCUCGAAAUCUUUCCAAGUUGGAGGCGAAUCUCAUGAUUCAACGGUGAUUGCUGGUACUCUUGGAUACCUUGAUCCAGAGCACUUGAGCUGGCAGUUUCAUGCGCUGAUCCUUCUUCCUCAAAACGACCAACCAUGUCUCAGGUUAUUAGCGAGCUUAAAGAGUGUAUUGUGUGUGAAAACUCGAGGAUGA